ACCCCGUUAAAAAAAGGAGCGAGAGAGGGAGGGGAGUUGUUGUUGGUGGCGAGGGGUUAGCGAAGUGUCUUUGGGUUAAUUACAGCAACACGCGUACAGCAAGGGAUUUAAACGGAAAAAGAGAAGUGAACUGCAGAAAAAGUGAAUGAUAACGUAAAUAAACUUGGGUAAAACGAAGAAACGGCCACAAGGAAUUAAGUGGACUUCGAGUUCUUUCAAUGCUUGUAUUUAGAAGCAAAGGUGGUUGAACACCAUGUCCUACCCCAGUAACCUGCUGUGGGAUGUGAGGAAGCGCGCAGUGGGGCUGGAUGAUCCUAAAACCAUCAGGAUUAACUAUUUAGGAAGAAGAGAAUUUGUCCAAAGACUAAAACUUGAGACAACACUGAAUGUCCAUGAUGGCUGCGUAAAUUCUAUUUGGUGGAAUGAUACUGGUGAAUAUAUUUUAUCAGGAUCAGAUGACACUAAUUUAGUAAUAACCAACCCAUAUAAAAGAAAGGUGAAGACAACCAUCCGCUCAGGUCACAGAGCUAAUAUUUUUAGUGCAAAGUUCUUGCCUCAUACCAAUGAUCAACAGAUUGUUUCUUGCUCAGGUGAUGGAAUAAUAUUUUAUACAAAUAUUGAGAAAAGCCCUGAAAUUAACAGAGAAUGCCAGUUUACUUGCCAUUAUGGAACAGCAUAUGAAAUCAUUACAGUGCCCAAUGACCCUUAUACUUUUUUAUCUUGUGGAGAGGAUGGCACUGUGCGUUGGUUUGAUGUUAGAAUGAAAACAAGUUGCACAAAAGAAGAGUGUAAAGAUGAUAUUCUUAUUAACUGCCGGAGAGCUGCUACCUCGAUCUCUAUUAGCCCUUUGGUUCCUUAUUACCUGGCUGUUGGCUGCUCUGAUAGCUCUAUUAGAAUCUACGACAGAAGAAUGUUAGGAACAAGAGCCACAGGCAACUAUAUGGGCAGAGGAAUGACAGGGAUGUGUGUACGAUUUGUCCCUACUCAUCUUGCGAACAAGUCCUGCAGAGUGACUUCUUUGUGCUACAGUAUGGAUGGCCAGGAGAUUCUUGUCAGUUACUCUUCAGAUUACAUUUACCUUUUUGAUCCCAAAGAUGAUAAAGCAAGGGAACUGAAAUGUCCUUCUGAUGAUAAGAGAGAGGAGCUGCGUCAGCCUCCUGUAAAGCGCCUCAGACUUCGAGGUGAUUGGUCAGACACAGGGCCGAGAGCACGUCCAGAAAGUGAACGGGAACGAGAUGGUAGGAUGGGAGAACAAAGUCCCAAUGUUUCAUUGAUGCAAAGAAUGUCAGAUAUGUUGUCACGGUGGUUUGAGGAGGCAAGAGAAGAUGUUCAGAACACUAGAGGACGAUCACAGCCUCGUCCACGGGUUUCUGCAGCUAGACAAGAAAACAAUGUUCCCAGUCAAGAGCCACCUGCACCCGAAACAUCCACAUCUAGAGAAGGGCAGAUGGAGGUGGAAAAUCAACCUAAGCAGCUUCUCCAAACAUCAUCUUCCCCUUUUGGUCCUUCACAUGCUUCAGCUGAAAACAUUUCCCCAUCAACAGAGAGUCCUGCUGUUAGCUCCUCUUUGAUUUCUUCUCCUGAAGGAGAGCAGAGAGCCCAGGCAUCAACAGGUUCCUCUCAAGAGUCUGCACAGUCAGAGUCCAGACCUCGGGUGCCGGUAAGUGUAGUCUGUAGGCGCUUGCAACGGCUUCUACUGAUGGCUGAGCAGCAAAGACAUGGUGAACGGCGUCCCUCCGAGCCUGUCCCUGAGCCUCCUGUCCCUGGGCCCUCUGCACAAGGGACCCCCUCAUCAGGUAGUGCUGAAUGUGGCAUGCCCCGUGUCAACGCUGGAGAGCCAGUAUUUUGUUUGCACUAUAGUACGAAAGGAACAACCACAAGCACUAUAAAACUGGACUUCACAGAUAAAUGGAAGAACUCAUCUACCAACUCAAGAGGAAGUGGAAGCCAAAGUAAACCAAAUAAACCACAAGAAUCCCAAGUCCCUCAAGCAGAAGAAGAACCUCAAGUUGAAUGUAUGGAAUCUGAUGUGGAGGCAUCUGGGCCUAGUACUGCAGAAGUCAAUCAUGAUGAAAAAAGUGAACAGCCAGUGGAAUCUGCCAAGCAAGACGAUCAAGAUGCAAAGCCCACUACUUCCUCAUCUUCAGAACUGCCCUUACAGGAAGAAAGUCCUUCACAGGAGCAGACUGAGACUAAUCCAAGUUCAUCCUGCCAGCGAACAGCUCCCACAGAUGAGAGUAGUAAUGAAAACACCUCAAGAAGCUAUCAAGACUCGGAUGAUAGUGAUGAUGACCCGAUUUUAAUACCUACAGCAAGAUACCGUGCUGGUCAGGGACAGAGAUUUAAUUUCAGAGGUUCAGCAGUAGGUGAUAGAAUGAUAAGACGAUCAGCUGCAGCACGAAUUCAAGAGCUUUUCAGACGGAGAAAAGAGAGGAGAGAGAUGGAAGAAAGUGAAACGCAAAACAUAAGGAGGCCAUCUGUGAAGAUGGUAUACAAAGGACAUCGCAACUCUAGAACAAUGAUUAAAGAAUCCAGUUUCUGGGGUAAUAACUUUGUUAUGAGUGGGUCAGACUGUGGACACAUAUUUAUUUGGGAUCGGCACACAGCAGAGCAUGUAAUGCUGCUUGAAGCAGACAAUCAUGUUGUGAACUGCCUCCAGCCACACCCCUUUGAUCCCAUUCUUGCCUCCUCUGGAAUAGACUAUGACAUUAAAAUAUGGUCUCCUCUUGAAGAAUCUCCUUCUUUCAACCGAAGACUUGCUGAGGAGGUAAUAACCCGUAAUGAACUCAUGCUGGAAGAAACUAGAAAUACUAUUACAGUUCCUGCAUCCUUUAUGCUGCGAAUGCUAGCUUCCUUAAAUCAUAUCAGGGCAGAUCGUUUGGAAGGGGAGCGUUCUGAAGGUUCUGGACAAGACAAUGACAAUGAGGAUGAAUAGUGACUACUGAUGUGCUAGCGAGUGUUUGAACAUUUAUUACAUUUUUAUCAGUACAGUGUAGAAAAAUUUUCCUUACAAAACAGUACUAUAAUUUUUAGUUAAGAUGUUUUUUGCAAGCAACAGGAGGAAGGACAAAACUUUAUUACUAAUAUUUCCUUUGGGUUGAAAUGUUCAUUUCAAUAAAGGUGUGCGAAUGCAAACAGUCACCAUGAUUAAGCUAUAAAAGAUUAAAAAAAUAAUGUCUUGUGAAUGAUGAGUGCUUGAGGAUUAAAAGUGCAAUAUUAUUUUUCAAGUGCAAAUGUGUUUGAGCUUGGAUCAAUGUUAGAAUUUUAAUAACUGUAGUUAAAAGGUUAGAAAUGACUUUGUAUACUUGCUGAAGUGCAUGUUAAUAAAUAAAUAUAUCUGCC